CAACACUGGGAUGGCAUGAUGAAGAAAACAAUGUCCAAGCAUAUUGGGCAAUCUUUUCUGAGUAUGCUAUGCCAAACUGCGCUCGCGGUUGCAUUACUAUUGGCUGUUUCACCUUUCAAGUGCGUUCAUUACUCUCGCGCCGCGCCACCAAACAACAGCGCACGAUCCUCACAUUCCAGGACAGCACAACAAAGAGACCAAGUUAGUGCCGCAUUGACACAAAGACAUCCGUGGAGAUUUUCGGAAAGCAUAUUUUUGAAAGUCUCAACAGGUGGAUAUAACUGUUACCGAUACAUGAUCAUUUCUCCGCGUGCCAUGAAGAACCUUCUCCCCAUCCUGUGGAUCUUCAUCUGGCUGUUUUUCUUCCCUUCGCUCAGGGCUUCUGAGGAUGAGUACAUCUGGAAAUCGGACACAGAGGUGCACAGUUACGGCAAAGGUCCGCAAUGCAUGGACAUUCCCGAGGACCUGAGGUUGUGUUUUAAUGUGGGCUACCACCAAAUGUUGCUUCCCAAUUUGCUGGAGCAUGAAACCAUAGCGGAGGUGAAGCAGCAAGCGGGCAGCUGGGUUCCUCUGGUGCACAAAGCCUGUCACCCCGGCACACAAGUGUUCCUCUGCUCGCUCUUCGCCCCCGUGUGCCUUGAGACACUCAUCUAUCCGUGCCGCAGGCUGUGCGAGGCUGUGCGGGACAGUUGCACCCCUAUUAUGGAGGCGUUUGGGUUCCCUUGGCCUGAAAUGCUCACCUGUGACAAGUUUCCCCAGGACGAUGUUUGCAUUUCCAUGAACAACACCAACAGCAAUGACACGGCCAAUUCCGCAGGUCCCUCUCCUGUGUGUCCGCCAUGUGACAAUGAGAUGGAUACAGAUGUUAUUCUGGAACACAUGUGUGCCAGUGAAUUCGCAAUCAAGACAAAGAUUAAGGAGGUCAAAAAAGAGAACUUGGACCGAAAAAUCAUUCUGCAGGACAGGAGGAAGCCAGUGAAGCUUGGAACUCUGAAAAGGCAGGACCUAAAGAAGCUUGUUCUCUACCUGAAAAAUGGAGCAGACUGUCCUUGCCAACAACUGGAGAACACUGGGAGCAACUAUUUAAUUAUGGGUCGUUGGGUGGGGAAACAGUACAUUUUGACUGGCAUUCACAAGUGGGAGAAAUCUAGCAAAGAAUUUAGGAAGACCCUUAAGAAAAUCAAAAGCCAUAAAUGUCUAGCGUUUGAGUCAGUGUUGUGAAGCAAGUGAUUUAACAAUUUGGAUUUGAUUUUUACUGAUUUGUUAAUUCAUCAAUAUAGCAUUAUAUUAUAAUUUGCGUUACAGUACAGCAUGUGAAACACUGUUUAUAACUCAUUUUACUUCCAUAAUCUGACAAAAACUGGAUACUCUACGAGUAAAAUUGUAGGGUGGAACUUUAUCCAUCAGGAAUUGAUCGGAUCAUGAAAAGUGGCCAGAAUAGAGGCAGGUGGUUGGAGAGGAGGGCUUGAAAAGUUAGAGGGAUUCAUGACAUCAGCAGAAAAAGAAAGGUUGUUUCAGAGGUGGAGCUUUUUUACAUUUUGAUUAAAGAUUUUGAUACUAAGUUUGAUAUUUGUUUUUUGUUUUUUAAUAACGCACAGUGAUGAAUCAUUCACAAUAAGGCCAGAAAUAUGCAUUAAGAAAGUAAAAUUUAUUUUCAUGUUCAUUUCCAGCCAAACUCCAAAACUGAGACAGAGCAAACAACAAAACAAAAUUCUAGUUUGCUUUAAAGAGUUUUUUGCCCAAUAAAUAUCUGAAAACAUUCUGAAUGAGGGUAAAAAUGGAUGCUUUAUUUCAUAUUCCCUAUAGUUGCUUUUUCUAAACAUUUAUAUCACCAUUUAACCAAUCCAAGUAAAAAACUGUUUUGCAUUAUGCUGCAAGUACAUGCUAUUCAGUCAUAACUGUACAGUCCCGCUCAAUGUUAACCACUGUGUAAUUUCCGCUUUCAUAAACAUUGUUUUUUAUAUAUCCUGACAUUUUGAUGCUGGAUUAAUACCUACUAACAACCCCGAUUUCGAAAAAGUUGGGACAGUAUGAAAAAUGCUAAUAAAAACAAAAAGGAGUGAUUUGUAAAUUAUAUUCACCCUUUGCUAUAUUAAAAGCACUACAAUUAAACAUUAUAUGAUGUUUUACCUUGUGAAUUUCAUUGUUUUUUAAAUGUACAGUAAUUUCAAAUUAGAUGAUUGCAACACACUCCAAAAAAGUUGGGACAGUCGAGUGUUUACCACUGUGAAACAUCACCAUUUCUACUAAUAACACUUAUUCAGCAUUUAGGCAUUGAAGACACAAGUUUUUUUAAGUUUAAAAAGUGGAAUUUCCCCCCGUUUAUCCAUUAUGCAGGUCUUCAGCUGCACAGUUGUAUGGGGACUUCAUUGCCAUAUUGUGCGCUUCAAAAUGCACCACACAUUCUCAGUUGGAGAUGGUCAGAACUGAAGGCAGGCCAAUCUAGCACCUGCACUCUCUGCUUAUUCAGCCAGUAUGUGGUUUGAAGUUGUCCUGCUGAAAUUCAGGGACGUCCCUGGAAAAGACGGUGCUGGAUGGCAGUAUACAAUAUGCUGCUCCAAAAUUUGUACAUUUCUGUCUGCAUUUAUGGUGCCCUCACAGAUGUGCAAGUUACCCAUGCCAUGGGUACUGACACACCGAUGGCCCAUAUAGACACUGACUUUUGGACCUAACGCUGAUAACAGCUUGGAUGGUCCUUUUCCUCUUUGGUCCGGAGAACACAACGGCUGUGUUUUUCGAAAACUAUUUGAAAUGUGGACUCAUCGGACCAAAAAAUACGGUUCCACUGUUCUACUUUCCAUCUAAGAUGAGACUGAGCCCUGAGAAGUCGGCAGCGCUUCUGGACAGUGUUGAUGUAGGGCUUCUGCUUUACAUAGUAAAGUCUUAACUUGCAUCUGUGGAUGCAGUGGCGAGUGGUGUUGACUAACAAAGGUUCACUUAUGUUAUCCCAAGCCCAUGUUCAUGAUAUCCAUUACAGAUGAAUGAUGAUUAUUAAGACAGUGAUGUCUGAGGGAUCAGUGAAGUGGUUUUCUUCUUGCCAUUUACGCACCGAGAUUUGACCAGAUUCAACUAUAUUUUGCACUGUAGAGGGUGAAAUGCCCAAUCCUUCCAAUUUGUCUUUGGGGAACAUUGUUCUCAUAAUGCUGGAUUAUUUGCUGAAGCAUUUGUUGGCAAGUCUCGUUUGAUCCUUGCUCUUGAAGGACUAGGCUGUUUUUUGGAGGCUCCUUAUAUACUAUGACACGAUUGCCUCACCUGUUUAACAUCUCCUGUUUCACAUUGCCUUGUUAUUUUAACUCGUCAAAUUGUUAUUAUUCUUAAAUUGCCCGUCUCAACUUUUUUGGAGUGUGUUACAAUCAUCUGAUUUGAAAUGACUGUACUUUAAAAAAAAAACAAUAAAAAAAAAUAAA